GAUGCUGGAGUAUACAAAGGAUGCCAGGACAGACUCAUGGCAGCUCGUCCAGACACACUGUCUUCCUUCCUCAUCUAAUAGCAUUGGCUGUUCCCCAUUUCAAUUCCACGAAGCUACCAUCUAUAACUCUGUCAACAGCUCCAUGUGGAGAAGAAUAACUAUCCAGCUGCCUGAUCAUGUCUCAUCCAGUGCAACUCAGUUCAGGUGGAUUCAGAAGGGAGAAGAACUAGAGAAGCAAAGCUGGGCAAUUGACCAUGUGUACAUUGGGGAAGCGUGCCCUAAGCUCUGCAGUGGUCACGGAUAUUGCACAACUGGAGCCAUUUGCAUUUGUGAUGAAGGAUACCAAGGUGAUGACUGCUCUGUUUUUAGCCAUGACCUCCCCAGUUAUAUUAAAGAUAAUUUUGAAUCUGAAAGAGUCACUGAAAUAAACUGGGAAACAAUUCAGGGGGGAGUGAUAGGGAAUGGAUGUGGACAGCUGGCACCCUACGCCCACGGAGAUUCGCUGUAUUUUAAUGGAUGUCAAAUACGACAAGCUGUGACUAAGCCUCUGGAUCUCACCCGAGCAAGCAAAAUCAUGUUUGUUUUGCAAAUUGGAAGUAUUUCACAAACAGACAGUUGCAAUACUAAUCUGAGUGACCCUAACACUGUAGACAAGGCAGUGCUCCUCCAAUACAGUGUAAAUAAUGGAAUUACAUGGCAAGUAAUUGCACAGCAUCAGCCAAAGGACUUUAUACAAGCCCAAAGAGUGUCUUAUAAUGUUCCCCUGGAAGCACGAAUGAAAGGAGUCUUACUGCGCUGGUGGCAGCCCCGUCACAAUGGAACAGGUCAUGAUCAGUGGGCUUUGGACCACGUAGAAGUCGUCCUAAUAAGCACUCGCAAACAAAAUUACAUGAUGAAUUUUUCACGGCAACAUGGGCUCAGGCAUUUCUACAACAGAAGACGAAGGUCACUUAGACGAUAUCCAUGAAGAAACGAGAAAUUUAUUUUUUUCCUCCCAACAUGUGAUGUGUUGCUUUCCAUUCUUUAAAUCUAGCACUGCAUCUGGUAUCAGGACUUUUCUGCAACUGGCUUGAUGAGUAACUGGAAGCCUUUCUCAAGACAGAGUGUACACCACUUUUUCGCACUGUGAACUAAUGAGAAGUGACUUAUUUUCUCAUAGGUAAAUGUUUUAAUGUUGAUGUGUCUGUGAAAAUUGUGAUCUGUUGUAAUAUCAGUUACAGUGGCAGUAUUGGAAGUAAGCAACUAAUUCUGUUUAACAGGAAAAAAAGUUUAAGCACAAAGACUUUUCAGAUUUUAUGUUUAAAAAACCUACAUACUAAGUACAGAAUUUAACAUUCUUUGUCACAUAGGUAUUUAUGUGCACUGUAUUUCAGCUCUGUGUCAUUUUGUAUGAUUAAGUUAUCAUUGUUUGUCCUCUUUGUAUUCUAUUCUACAACAUGACACAUUGGCACUGUAUUUACUUGUUUUGUUGUUGUAAUAUUUUUGCUGCUGAUUUUUGGGCUAUUUACCUUCUGACAACAUGUAUUAAAAAAAAAAAAUCAAAGUACCUAAUCAAGAAGAUAAUUGCAAAAGUAGUUGUAAAGGCGUUGAUAUCCUUUGGUCUUAUUCUUUGAUAUGUCUGUUGGCUAGCAUUGUUUUGUGGAUAAAAAAGAAUGCUUGACAUUAAACUUUUUUCUACUUCUAAGGAGUUGUGGAUAAAGCCCCAAACAGAAGUUCCCAAUUCCCUGUCUAAAUGUAGUCAGUUCUCUGCAACUGUUUUACUUACAGUAACUGCCAUUUGGUGUCUGUAGUAAUGAAGUGAUUUGUAAACAGUGAACCUUUCAUGGUGUUCUCUUUCGUGUUUGUUUCUAUUGCGGGUCAUGUUUGUAUCUUCUGAUAAAGUUGUAUCUACACCAGCAACGUUAUAAUGCCCCUAUAGCCCUAAACCGUCUAUUAUCAUAAAUAAAAUGCUUCACUUUAUGGUGAACCAAGCUAAAGAUCCAUGCUUCAAUAAAAAUAAUGUCAACAAA